AUGCCCUCUUUCCUGUUGCUGGAAGCCAUCUGCAUUUUCCUGUUUGCCAAAGUGCCCCCAUCCCUCCCUCUUCAGGAAGUCCACGUGAGCAAGGAGACCCCUGGGAAGAUUUCAGUCGCCAGCAAAAUGAUGUGGCGCUUGGCUACGGCAGACGUCCUGUUUAUGUCCUGUUUCUGAUCGACGGCUCACAGCAUUGGGAAAGGGAGCUUUGAAAGGUCCAAGCACUUUGCCAUCACGGUCUGUAAUGCUCUGGACAUCAACCCCAGGAGGGUCAGGGUGGGAGCGGCCCAGUUCAGUUCCGCCCCUCGUCUGGAAUUCCCCAUGAAUGCAUUUUCAACCCAACAGGAAGUGAAGGUAAGAAUCAAGAGGAUGGUUUUCAACUGGAAGAGAGUGUUCUUAACCCACCCUGCCACCUGCUACAGGACCACCCGCCCAGGCAUCUAUCUCUCUGAUAGGCCCCGUGACUCGCAGCCCUGCCAGAAUGGGGGCACGUGUGUUCCAGAAGGACUGGACAGGUACCACUGCCUCUGCCCGCCGGCCUUUGGAGGGGAGGCUGACUGCGCCCCGAAGCUGAGCCUGGAGUGCAGAGCCGACGUGCUCUUCCCGCUGGCCGGCUCGGCGGCUGCCACCCCGGAGGGCUUCCUGCGGGCCAAGGCCUCCGUGAAGCGGUUCGUGCCGGCGGCGCUGAGCGAGGACUCCCGGGCGCGCAUGGGCGUGGCCCGCUACGGCGCCGAGCUGGCCGUGGCCGUGCCCGUGGGCGAGUACCGGGACGCGGACCUGGUCAGGAGCCUCGACGACCUGCCCUUCGGUGGCGGCGGCACCCUGACAGGCCGGGCCCUGCGGUAGGCGGCAGAGCGUGGCUUUGGAACGGGCCUGGACUGGCCCCGCAGGGCCGUGGUCCUGAUGACCGAGGUGCGCUCUCAGGACCAGGUGGCCUGCCUGGCGCGUUUCGCCAGGGCCCGGGAGCUGCUCCUGCAGGGCGUGGGCAGCGAGGCCGUGCGGGCGGAGCUGGAGGAGGUCACGGGCAGCCCGGAGCGCGUCAUGAUCUACGCCGGCCCGCAGGACCUGUUCGGCCAAAUCCUGAAGCUGCGGGGAAAGCGGUGCAGCCAGCAGUGCCCAGGCUGCCAGGCCCAGUCGCUGGACCUGGUCUUCAUGUUGGACGCCUCGGCCUCUGUGGGGCCCGAGGACUUCGCCCAGAUGCAGAGCUUCGUGAGAAGCUGUGCCCUCCGGUUUGACGUGAGCCCUGACGUGACACAGAUGGGCCUGGUGGUGUAUGGCGGCCGGGUCCAGACAGCCUUUGGGCUGGACCCCCGCACUGCAGCACUGCGGGCCAGGAGCCAGGCCCCCUACCUGGGUGGGGUGGGCUCAGCAGGCAUGACCUUGCUGCACAUCUAUGACAAGGUGAUGACGGUCCGGAGGGGCGCGUGGCCUGGUGUCCCCAAGGCUGCAGUGGUGGUCACGUGUGGGAGGGCAGAGGACGUGGCCGUCCCUGCCCAGAAGCUGAGGGACAGCAGCGUCUCUGUCUUGGUGAUGGGCAUGGGGCCCGUGCUGAGGGAGGCACUGUGGGGGGUCACAGGUCCCUGGGACUCCUUGGUCCACUUGGCAGCCUACGCAGACCUGAGGCACCACCAGGACAUGUUCAUCGAGUGGAUAUGCAGAGAAGCCAAGCGGCCGGUUAACCUCUGCACACCCAGCCCGUGCAUGAGCGAGGGCACCUGCGUCCUGCACAACGGGAGCUACCGCUGCGAGUGCCGGGAUGGCCGGGAGGGCCCGCACUGUGAGAGCCCCCUGUCCGGAACCCUCCUGCCCACUCUCCUGACCCAGGGCGAAGAGAGGGCCCAGCUGCAGACACUGCUGCCUAGGGACGUGGUAGCAGCUGAUUUCCCCCUAACGACGAUGUUGAAAACUCUUCAGGUGUAA